UGAAUGAGUUUGCUUUCUUUCACUCUGAUGCUGUGACCAGAUCCAGUCCACCAUGGCAUCCCCAAGGCUUGAGACUUUCUGUUGUCCCAACAGAGACGAGUCAACCCAAUUUGUUUUAAACUUUCAGCCACGGUUCUUCAGUGCAAUCUGCAUUGGCAGCGCUAGCGUGAGCCUCAUAUUUGCUAUCCUGCAGAUUUUUCCCAAAAGAAAAGGGUAUAGGAGUCUAGGGCAGUAUCCUCUUCCGAAGCCAGGAUCCUCGUCUCGGAUUCUUCUCAUCAUCAGUUUCUGUGAUAUCCUGGGAUGUGCAGGGAUACUUCUCAGAUCAUCUGUAUGGCUUGGAUUCCCAAACUUCAUUACAAAAAUGUCAGUCAUCAAUAGCACUGAAGUAUGGCCGACGGCUUUCUGUGUUGGCAGUGCGAUGUGGAUCCAGUUAUUUUACAGUGCCUCCUUCUGGUGGACAUUUUGCUAUGCAGUGGACGUAUACCUAGUUGUUAAAAGAUCAGCUGGACAAAGCACUAUUGUAUUGUAUCAUAUGAUAACCUGGGGUCUGACUGUUCUGCUGUGUGUGGAAGGAGUGACUAUGCUAUAUUACCCUUCAAUUUCAAGCUGUGAAAAUGGACUGGAACACGCAGUGCCUCAUUACAUCACCACUUAUGCACCUAUUCUUCUAGUUCUGAUUGUUAAUCCGAUCCUGUUUGGUAGAACUGGAACAGCCGUUACUUCACUACUGAAGGGAAGACAUGGAGUUUACACAGAAAAUGAAAGACGGCUGGGAACAGAGAUUCAAAUCCGGUUUUUCAAGAUUAUGAUUGUUUUUCUUAUUUGUUGGCUUCCAAAUAUUAUCAACGAGAGCCUUUUGUUCUAUCUGGAAAUGCAGGAUGAUAUCAAAGGAAGCCCCCUUAAAAAUGUCAGGAAUGCAAUCUUAAUUACAUGGUUUAUAAUGGGUAUCUUCAAUCCAAUGCAGGGAUUUCUCAACACACUCGCUUUUUAUGGCUGGACUGGAUGGGAGAUUGAUCUCAACAUUCAGAGCCGGAGGGAAAUACCCUGGGAUUCAGGCUCCACGUCAGCUGCUGCUGCAGAUGUCUACAACCCCACUGUCGACUCUUCACUCAACUACCAGGGUUUCAUCCAAGACGCUAAGAAGAGCAUGAACGGGAAUGGCCAGCAGCACUCGGAUGCCAUAAGCGUCCUCUCUGAAGGUUCAGAGUCUAGUACAAUUGAAAUCCACAUUUCAAGUGAGCUCCAUGACUUAGAAGGUAAAGAUGCUGAUGGUGAAUCUGUGGAAAACUGAGGAACAUCAGCUGGUGAGAUGAAUCAUCCAACCCAUUACAGAAUCUCUAUAAAAGGAUGCACAUUAUGUUUAAAACAGUGUACUAAAAGAUGUUUCAUCAAAAGACAGCUCUAUUGUGAAAGAAGCAAGGGGUGUGUUCAAUCCAAUAAAACUAUUAAAAAGAAUGUUGAUGUUUUCCUAAUUCUACCAGACUGACUGACCUUGAACAAAGCCCUGCAUUGGAUAAAUCCCUGGUAAUUGGAGACCGACAUGUUGUGCAACUGAAUAUGCUAUUCAGCUGAAUUCAGUUUUUUUUAUUGUUUAAACAUUUAAAUUGCAGACCCAUUGAGGUCUACAAUUGAAAUUGUAUUCUCUGUCAGAUGUAGCAAGGCACACACAUGUUGGUUUCUGAACCUGGAGGCUGGUUUGAUCCAGUGCACCACACUGAGUCAUCAUGUUUUCAUUUGAUCCUACCUGACACACAAAAAAAAAAAAAAAAAAAAAAAAAAAAAACCCACAACACACUGUAAUGUUUGUGACAUUUUUCCUCCUUUAAGCUGCCUGAUACUUAAUGGAAAAACAUAUUUAUAUAUUUAAAACAAAUCACAGCAGUCUUCAUGCCAAGACAUAAAAUAGGAGUUUAAAAAUAUAAAAUUACAUUUUUGCUUAACAGUUUAUCCACUUGCUUUCCAGAACAGCUCAUCUUAAACUAUGUAUUGGUUUUACUAACAUGCUAGGCGAUAGAAAAUUCAGCAGCAUUGUCAUCAUUCUUGUGCUAAUAUUAAUUUGUUGGCUAGUUAAGGUUACAAAUCUAGUUGUGAUAUUCUAUUAUUCCUAGUUUUACUCUCUCAUGAUAUGCAUUACUUUGUUGAAUCUUGUAGUACCCAAGAAAUUGCUGAAAAAAUGGUGACUGCAUCUCAAACUGUUUUGCCAUGCAAUGCUGGUUUCUGUGCUGAAACAUGCGAUUACAAUGUGUGUUGUCAUCGGUUUUUCUCCCAAAAUGCCGGAAUAAAAAAAAAAAAAAAGUGAUAUAACCAUCUUCACCAGUAGAUGGCAGUGCUCUGUUUAAAAUCACUUUCUAGUACACUUACAAAUUUAAAAUGCCGUGAAUUUAUGAAAAGGGUGCAUGGCAACGUGACACACAAAUAAACCUACUUAUUUAAAUUCUGAAUUUUAUUAGUCAGGAAAUAACGCUUGUUUGGGUUUGAAAACUUAAGACUGCUCUAGACAAUGGGUUAGGCAUGAGACCUGAAAAGCCCAGAAUUAAAAUAAAUACAAAGAAAUAUUUAGCUGAAAACAAUUGCACACACAAUAAGAAACACAGACACAAGUGUUUUCUAAUAUCAAAAUAGAGCAAUUUAUUUGAGACACUGAAUAUGACUUCAUUUAUUGAAACAAAUGAGCUACUCUACACAGGAAGCGGUAAAGAGAUCAAAUGGUCAAAGGAUCUGCUCUAAACUGGAUCUGGCAACAGAGCACACAGUCUGGCUGUCAGUCUGACACAGACAAUAAAAAACAGCAGAAGCCAGAAAAUGAUAAUUUCAGUGAUUGAAUAAAUGCAUGAAAGAGUGAUUGAAUGUUUGAGUAUUUUUUUUUUUUUUUUUU